GUCAGUUGCCGUCCCUUCAGGGAAGGUAUAUGAUAUAUCAGGAAAUCUUAACAUGGCAUCUAACCAACUUGAAGUGAAACACUACUCAACCCCUGCAAUAUCAAUCGCACUGCACUCUUUUGUUACUGUGGGUAUGUUAGCGACUUCGCUAGCAGCUGCCAUUCUUUCAAUUUCAACUGCAAAUCUUGGAGCAGUGGGCACCGUUGCUUCUGAGAGUUCAAACAUUGUUGCGUCUGACUCAAUGAACCUACAUGGGAUGGUUGGACACCUUCAAGUUUUUGUUCUCUCAGACUGGCUCUCAGUUAAUCAACCAAUUGAAUAUUUAGAGACAACAAAAGGUCUUAGGUGGAUCAUACCUCGUCAAAAACUUCCAUGGAAAAAGGAUAGCACUUUAGUUUGGCCCUGCCAAGAGAAGCUUGAGGGGAAACUCAGUAUCUCUUCAGUACGAGGAUCUCCACAUGAAGGGACUAGAAUCGGAGUUGACUUCUAUCUCUCCAACUCUUCUUAUAUGCAGCAUGAAGUACCAGUGCCAAUUGAGGUGGACCCCAAUCCUGGUUGGCUUCAUGGGCAGCAUAGCAUGCGUAUGACUCCUUAUGGACUACCUCUUCAUUCCAACGAAUACUUCACUUAUUUCUUGAGAGGAGAGCCAUUGUCUGCUAGCAAUGUCAUCAAGGGAAUGGGGAAUUACAAAGGGUGGGAAGAUUUACAGAUGAACUUGUUUUGGCUUGGUAUUGGAGGAGGCAGUUUAGUCAUAACCCAUGUGUUGAUAUUACUUUUCCUAAGAUGGAGAUUAGGUCCACCAGCUCGUGGUAUACUCUCAGUGCCCAGAUUCGAGCUCUUUCUUCUGAUUGUCAUGCUACCAUGUAUCACUCAGUCCUCAACAUUUGUUAUGAAAGGAGGUACAACUGGGGGAAUCAUUACUGGGGCUUUAUUGCUGGCUAUCCCUGCAGCUCUUAUUUUAUCUGUGUGCCUUUUUCAAAUAAUUGCAAUCUUCUAUGGCAGUUUUGUUCAGUACAAGGAAGUUAAGCAUGUAGGUAGAAAAGAACCAUGGACUGAAAAGCUUUGGUAUUUUUUGACAGGGAGACCUAGUGCCGGAAAGUGGUUUUAUAAGGAAGGCCUACCUUCGUCUUUCCUUUUACGAUUUGGAAUUCUCUUUGAAAGUUUUCAGGGUCCUCCAUUAUUCAUCUUUGUUGAUCAAAAUGAACCAAACAGCAUAUCCAAAUGGACUGGAAGUGGCCAUAGUGGUAUUGGGAGAAUGCGACCAGUCAGCUUGGAAGACAGCACUGAAGAAAUUAAGACCCCGUUGUCCAAAAGGCUCUUGGGGUGUGCUAGAUCUUCCUACAUUAUUGUUGAUCUUUCGAGACGGGUCUGCUUGGGGAUCAUAUCUGGAGCUUACUCAUCGAGGAAAUCAAGCCAAAGCCUCUUUGCACUGGCCAUUACGCUGGUACAGUUCAUGUAUCUAUUUACUCUGAAACCAUACAUCAAGAGAGGAGUCCAUAUGGCAGAAAGUGUUUCACUACUGUGUGAGGUGGGCAUAUUUGCUCUACUUAUCAGCAUUAACGGCUCAAAUCCUGUCAAAGCAAGAAAUCUAGGAUUUGUAAUGCUAACUCUCCUCUUCCUAACCUUUGUCACCCAAAUGAUAAAUGAGUGGCAUGCUCUGAUGAGAUCCCUAUUAAGACUCUCACAGCCUCAAAAGAAUUCAUUCAAGCUUGGAUUAAAGUUUGCUGCUAAGGGCCUUGUCCUCCCAUUCCUUCCAAGGAAGCAAUGGUCCAGAAUCAUACCUGCAUCCUCCCAACCAAAAACAGGGCUAGCUCCAGUCCUUCCUUUAAGUCCAGACACAAACUUUGAAAGAAGAGAUACGAGAGCACCACGCACUGACCCAAUUAGUGCUAUGACUGCAACUGUAGUCCCUGUGAUCAGUCCUGGAUCCCCUGGCCUUGAUGUUCUUCAAAUGACAAGUUCCACUAACGUGGAGGCAACUGUCAGUACGCAGAGAGCAGCGGAAGCAAAACGGCAAAAGGGACUUAAACUAGAGUCUAAAAGUGAUCUGAAGAAACUAAGGGAGUUGGCAAGGGCAAGUUUUUCAGGUGACUCAAUUUUUGAGGAAGCUAGCACUAGCUACUGUUCUCGGAUGCAACCUUUAUCUGGUGAACCUUGACUGCAAACUUCCCAAGCCUCUACUUCUAGAACUAAACACUAGUAUGAAAAUUGUAAGGGGUGGGGUUCGGCAUUUUGCUUAAGUUUACUUCUGCUCACAAUUUCUCUUCUCCCAAAGUCA